GUUAAGACCCAGCAGAGAUACGAGAUGUGAACAUCUGUCGCUCGCUCUCCUCAGUAUGAGUCGCGCCCGAGCUCCGGGUCCGGAGACACUGAGGCGGCGGCGGCCGGGCUGGAACGAGCGGGCACGCAGCGCUUAGUGGAUCCGGGAAGCUGGAGGAUGCGGAGACGCGCCGAGCCGCAGCCAUAGAGACACCAUGAAGACACCCAUGCGCCAUGGGGUAACCGUGCUUCUCGUGCUUCUCCUGUGCGCCAGCUUGUUCCUCGUGUACAACGGAGGCUUCAACAUCGCUACCAGGGACACUAACGACACUCGCACCCGACAGCAUGAGCAGCUGCGGCGGCCCACCGAAGCCCCCGCCGGGGUGGCCGUCAAGCCUCACCCCCCGGUCCUCCAGGGAUACAGUGGUAUCAUCGACCAUAAGCCUCUGCGGAUGCACUGCCAGACCUGCGCCCUGGUGACCAGCUCCGGUCACCUCAUCGGAGGCGGGAGGGGUGAAGAGAUCGAUCGGGCCGAGUGCGUCAUCCGCAUGAAUGACGCGCCCACCGCCCGGGGUUACGCCUGCGACGUCGGCCGCCGCACCUCCCUGCGUGUCAUCGCUCACUCCAGCAUGCAGAGGGUCCUGCGGAGUCGCCACGAGCUGCUCAACGCCAGCCAGGACACGGUGUUCGUCUUCUGGGGCCCCAGCAGCUACAUGAGGCGCGACGGGAAGGGCCUGGUGUACAACAACCUGCGGCUGAUGAACCAGGUGCUGCCCAAACUCAAGGUCUACAUCAUCUCCUGGCAGAAGAUGCUGCAGUUUGACGAGCUCUUCAAGAGGGAGACGGGCAAAGACAGGAGGAUAUCAAACUCGUGGCUGAGCACCGGCUGGUUCACGAUGACCAUCGCCCUGGAGCUGUGCGAUAGGAUCAACGUCUACGGCAUGGUCGCCCCUGACUUCUGCAGGGAGCCUCAGCACCACUCCGUCCCCUACCACUACUACGAGCCCCGGGGUCCGGACGAGUGCGCCAUGUACAUUUCCCACGAGCGCGGGCGGCGGGGCAGCCACCACCGCUUCAUCACGGAGAAGCGGGUCUUUGCCAACUGGGCUCGGACGUUUGACAUCCACUUCUACCAGCCGGACUGGAGCCCCGCGCCCCUCCCGGCCAACCGGACGCUGCAGGGAGCGGCCACCGGGGCGCCACUGCUGCCCCAGAAGACGUGACCGGUGCUGCGGUGAAGAAGCACACGGGAGAAACCCGCAUCAGGACCGAGGAAGGGGGCGGACCCUUCACAGAGAGGAUAACACACGACGUAGGCAAGAAAAAGUAGUUUCCACGGAUGAAGACCGAGGCCCAGCUCCAGCACUGAGCUUUGUUUACUGAGGUGAACCAAUUCAAAGUUGUACAUCCCUGUUUGGAAAACCUUGUGAAGUGAGGUUACACAAGAAGGGGAACAUCAUCACACACUCUCAAUGCAUGCAGUGUCUUACUGUGGAUCCUCCCUGUCUUUGUGCAUAUACAUGUGUGUGUGACUGUGUGUGUGUGUGUGUGUGUGUUUACCACAGAGGUACAAUAGAGGAUACAAGUUGGGCUUAAGCUCACCACAAAGCCUUUAUUGGAUAACGGCUCUGUGCAGGAUUCACUGCUUACAGCUCACUGAAAGAGAAAUACCAUUACAAUGCCCUUAAUCUAACAGUGCAGCGCUGGAGAACCUGGGGGCUGAAUGGUAAUAAGAGCCUGGUUUUGGAUUUGGCUGUUUGAGGGACUGAAUUAUUACUGUUCAGAUGCCAUAUUCUCCUGCAGCUUUUCAAAGAUGGAAGAGGUCAAGUGGACGAGAGUCUUCAGACUCCUGCUUCAUGCAACAAGGCCCAGGCCCCUUAGAAGGAGGCUUAGAAAUCACCUCCCUGACUUUCAUUUAUUCUGCCGUCUGCAUCGUGAGCUCACUGAAGUGUCACUCAAGUCAAACUUUGCAAAGGUGCAUUUUCUGGCUGAAAAACUGGAGCGUGUUAAGAGGUUUUAUCCUGUGUGUGUCUGUGUGUGUCUGUGUGUGUCUGUGCGCGCACCUCCUCUGGCCCCAUACAUAUGUAUCAUAAGGCUUUGUCAGCUCCCUGUCACCAGUUAAUAAUGUGAUUUUAUAUUACUACAAGCUGCAUUUCCAUGUAAAUGCACGGCCAUGCCACACAAGACAAGUGGGAGAUUAAGAUGGAGAGCGGAGAUGCGGCAGCGGCAUCCAUCUUGCCACGCUCAUCUGCCGCCGCUUCUCCGAAUCGCCUCCAGAACGACACCGUUUGGAGGAACACUUGAUUUUUAGUUUUAUUGUAGAACUCAUGAGUAUGUGAUCUGUCACUCUCCUCUUUCGAUUGUGUUUUAUGUGCCGUCUCCUCUCAUUUGGCGGAGUCUGUGCUACGUGUGCACCGCCUCUCUCUCGCUCGCUCUGAGCUCCUCGAGUUCUCCUCCUCCUCUGCUCGUCCUCCAUGAAUAAGAAUCAGGUGUCAGUCAGACACAGACACUUGUUCUUAAUGAUACAUCCUGGUGCAGAGUCCCUAUUGAUUCUUUAUCUCUGUAAUGUGAGUAAUGAGGGGACAGGUGCUGUGGGUCACCAGCUGUCGCUGGAGAUCAGCUCACAAUUGCUUUUCCAUACAUCAGCAGCUGCAGGAGCGGUGCUGCCGGACGCCGCUUUGCAAACAUGCUUUUGUUUCCCAGAGGAGUCGAAUCAUCUGUGAACGGCUGUGUGAAUUUGUGUAUUAGUGAUAAAAACGCCCAGAGACCAAAGUUAUAUUCUGAAAUUACCCCAAAAUACUAUUAUUUAGUGAAACCAAACCAGAGAAGCAGCAAAUCCUCACACGUCACAAAGUGAAGCCAGAGAAAUGUUUGACAUUUCAACUUUUCACUUUCUUGCCGAGAGUUCGCUUGUCUUUCACGUCUGUACAGUAAAUAUGUAGAAAGAGCUCAUGAUAGAUGAGCUUAGUACCGGUGAUAGAAGAAGUACUCAAACGUUUCUCAAGUUUAAGUAACACUUUAACUUUUAUACUUCAGUAAAAGUAAGUACUUGUCUUUUAAAAAUACUAGAAGUAUCAAAAGUAAAAGUAGUUGCAGAGUGUAGCCCGUUAACUGAUAGAACUGACUGACUUGUUGUCCUGGAAGGAGGCGGAGUCUAAUUACCUGCCAGCUCUGAUUGGAUAAAAAGACAAAUUUCCCUCUUGUAAUAAAUUAAAAAAUGUAGUGAAUUAGAAAGUACACAAAUUUGCUGAUAUAUGUAGUGGAGUAAAAGGGAAAAGUAUACAAAUAUAGACAAGUACAGAUACAUGAAAAAUGUACUGAAGUACACUGAUAAAGUAAAUAUACUUAAUUACAUCCUACAUGUAAUGACAUUUUGUGUUUUUCUAGUACACGACUUCCCUGUGGAAGUUUGUUCGUUGGUGAGACUUUAAGGUGCAGCUCUAGUUGUCAUGCUAAGCUAAGCUAAGCUAACUGGACACUAACUCGUAUUUACUGUACAGACUCAGCAGUGAUGUCAACCUCAAGAUUUAACGCGAGAAAAUACAUUUUCCCAAAAAUAUAACACAAUUCCUUUUUUACAACUAAUCACAUUCAGCUGCCAGUCGAUUGUGUUCACUUAUGUCAUGUCAGCACUUAUGUGCUCGUCUCUUUUUUGUUGUUGUUGCACAUAAUGGAAAAUGUCAAUCCCCUCAAUAAAAUACUUUUUAUCUGUC